CCAAGCGCAGCUUUUCUGCACUCGGUGGCUUCCUGUGGCUCUUGCCGAGCUUUCAGAUUCACCAUACAAAAUUAUUUACCAUAGAAUUGUAAAGGGAAGGCUUUUAAAUUUUUUUUUAAUGUUAGGAAAGAAAAUGUUAAACUGUGCUUUACCUUUCUCUCUUCCCCCGCAAGAGUUCUGGCAGGAACGCAAGAGAGAUGUGCCACCUAAACCCUUCAUGGCCAGUGCCCAAUACAAGGAAAUAUUCGGGAUAACUCUCACCUCUUUCUUUACAGUGGCGGGUGAUGUUAGCUUGGCGCCCUUCAGAGCACAGCAUGGAUCCCACUGCUUGUAGCCUCAAGCAGGACUGCUGAUAGAGUUUAUCUUGGCGAUAAGAACCGUCCAAAACAGAGGGCUGUUGUCCUGUGUGCUUAUCUGGAGAUGGGAGGCAUUGAUCUCAGGGAUCGGUCUGUGAUUGAGCUGGGAGCUGGAACUGGAUUGCUGGGAAUAGUGGUCACGUUACUAGGUGCCCGUGUUACCAUCACAGACAGGGCGGCAGCACUGGAGUUCCUGGAGUCAAACGUGCAGGCGAACUUACCCCCUGAACUACGCCCCAGAGCAGUGGUGAAGGAGCUGACGUGGGGAAAAGACCUGGAUAACUUCCCUCCAGGAGCAUUUGACUUCAUCCUGGGUGCAGAUAUCGUUUAUCUGGAAGAAACAUUUGCAGAACUGCUUCAGACGCUGGAGCAUCUGUGCUCAGAGCGAACGGUGAUUCUUCUUUCCUGUCGUAUCCGCUAUGAGCGGGAUCUCCGGUUUUUGAAGAUGCUGCGAGAGCGUUUCUCUGUAUCCGAGGUCCAUUAUGAUUCCAGUAAGGAUGUUCAUAUCUACAAAGCACAGAGGGGCAGUCGCAGGGAUGACUUUUGACUCUCUGCUUUGUUAAUAAGUCACUGAUGCUGUUCAGUUCUCCCCUUUGUUUCUACUCAAUACACUCAUUCCUAAGCAUGAA